AUGGCGUCGCACAACGACUACAACGAUAUCAAGGCUUCGGCCAAGGAGAACGCCGCCGGCGUCUUCGCAUACAGCCAGCGCCAGAUGAACCGCGUUGUCAGCCAGGACACGCGACAGAGAGCCUACGGCAACGCCUACAACUUUGCCCAGGAGCAGCCCUUCCUCUUUGCCUUCCUCCUUGCCCAGCUCAUCUUCUCCUUCCUCCCCAUUCUCGUCUUCGUCUCGUUCUCCGCCUCGACCAUCGCCUUCGCCUUCGGAGCCGCCGCCGUCUUCUCCCUCUUCUGGAUCGGUGUCGCCCUCCUUUUCCUCGUGCCGACCCUCUUCUUCACCUGCUCCAUCGCCGUUCUCGUCUGGGUCUGGGCUGCCGGCAGCUUCGUUGUUGCGAAGCGCUUGUAUGAGAUGUCGCCCAUCCGUGCUAAGGGCGAAUUGGAGGUGGACGCGCCCAACGGCAAGACGUACGCCGUCACUAAGCACGAGGACGGCGUUCAUGCGCAGUCGUACAACUGA